UCGUGCAGUAAUGAAAGGUCUUCGAUGUGUGAUGCGACACAAUAAUGUGAUAUAGAUUGAGGAAUAGGUAAUUUAUUUUUAUUAAAAUAAAAUAAUGAGUGAUGAAAAGCAACCGCUCCUCACGGGGCCAAAUAUUCCUGAUUAUAUCGAGGUACAGCCUGUGGAACUGACUGCUGGUUCGCUAGCAACGCCGGACGAAAAACCUAAACCCGAUUACCACCCAGCUUCGGAAAGAUGUUUAGAAUAUCCGACGUCGAAUUUCGAUACCUUAAUACACCUUCUUAAAGGUAACAUAGGUACCGGCAUCCUGGCAAUGCCAGAUGCAUUUAAAAAUGCUGGAUUAAUAUUUGGUGUAUUUUGCACUAUGGUUAUGGGAGCUAUAUGCACACAUUGCAUGCAUGUGUUAGUUCAGUGUUCUCAUGAGCUAUGCAUCAGAAGUCAAAGACCCGCAUUAAGCUUCUCUGAAGUCGUCGAAGAUUCGUUUGCUUCAGGCCCUAUAUCUUUUCGGCCAUAUGCUAAGAAAAUGAAGACUAUUGUUAAUGUUUUUCUGGUCACAACACAAUUGGGAUUUUGCUGUGUAUAUUUUUUAUUUGUUGCCACUAACCUGCAAGACUCGCUGCGUUUAUUUCAUAUAAAUUUACCUGUACACGUGUACUUGGUGUUGCUGUUCCCGCCAAUAUUAGCACUUUCUAUGGUGAAAAAUUUAAAAUAUUUGACACCAGUGUCUCUGAUUGCUUCUAUAAUGACCGCUUGGGGUCUUGUAAUAACAUUUUACUAUAUUCUGCAAGAUUUGCCACAUACUGACACGGUGAAAGCCAUAGCUACUUGGCAUCAACUGCCAUUGUAUUUUGGUACAGCUAUAUAUGCAUUUGAGGGCAUCGGAGUGGUAAGUUUUCAUAAUCAUAUAAAGAAUUUUAUUCUUUAUUUCUAAUUUCAUCAGAUCAUCUAGAUAAUAUAUAUAAUAGGUACCCUACUAAAACACUACAGCAUACC